AUGGAAGAGACUAGUAACUCUCCAAUAAUCAAGGCAAAAAAUGAUAGCUUAGAGCCAGAUAGUAACGAAACAGUUGAAGACGAUUUCUCUGCAUUUGCCACCAGUGGUAAUAAUGUAGAAGACGAUGGAGAUGACUUUGGCGAGUUUGAUGAGUUCACAGAUUUCAAUAAUGGAUUAACAGCAGAAAGUAAUUCAGAAUUGGUUGAAAGUGAAUUUGGCAAUAAUAAUCAACAACAACAAAUAAAUUCCAAUGAUAAUUUCAAUCAAUUUGCUGGAAGGGAUAAUGAUGAUAAUAGUGGCGGUAAAGCUCAUUUAAGACCUAGUUCUUCCGAUAGACAAGAAUUAAGUUUGCAGCCUAUUAUAGACUAUUCAAAUGCCACUUCAGAGACAAUAAUAACUCAAUUCACUGACAUAUUAGACACAUUAUUUCCAUUAACCUGCUCACCAUCAUUAUCGCAUGUUCACACAGCAAAUGAGGGACAAUUAUUAGAUAAACAAAAUUCAGACAUUUUUAGUUCUCAAGAUAAAAAAUCUCAUGAAUCUAAAGAAAAAAAUAGUUCACCAAAUAAUUAUAACAAGGAUAGAAACUUGGAAAGCAUACUGAACUCAGUCCCAGAAAGUAUGGAAAUUUGGGAACGUCUAGCUCCAGAUCCAGAGAUGAUACCAUUUUCGUGGAAACAGUCGAGCAUAAGGAAACAAUUUUAUGACUCGUUAGGAGUUUCGUCUGAUACUUUUGAAGAGCAAGCACUACGAAACAGUGUUAACAUCUUACCUCGGAAUUCAGUGACUCAUUCUACCCCUUCAAGUAAAAAAUCAUCAGCAUCAACACCAACAAGUCGAGCAGCUUCACCUCAAUCAUUGAAUCUACAAUCUCACACACGAGUUCAAUCUGUAUCUACGACAUCACUUCCAGCGUCUAAUCGUAAAAAUUUAGGCACGUCUGCUGAUUCUAGAGCGAAAAAUAUAGCACUUGCAAGUCAAUUGGACCUGGAAAAGAUUAAAGUGAUGAGUUCUAUACCUCAAGCAGAAAAGUUAUACGACUAUUCAAUCUCGGAAUUACAAUCACUUUUCAAUCAGCUUGACAGCUUAUACCGACAAACAUCAGAAACACUAACAUUUUGGCUAGAUCAACGUGAACAAACCAUCAUGGACGCCGAGACCUACAAUCAAAUGAUAGAGUGUUUGGUUGGUCAUGCGCAGAAAAUUCGCAAUGGAAACGGAAAUGGUAAAGAGACUAGUAAUUUGGAUAAUAAAGGUGGAAAACAAUCACCGUCAAAAAAGAAUAGUAAAAUGGCGUCAGGAUUUGCUUCUUUGAGCUUGUCAUUCAAAAAACAAAAAUUCCAAGUGAAUUCCUCGAGAAGACCGACCUCGGUUGCUUCUGAUCCUUCGUCAGCGCACCCAGGAAAAAAUAUAGGAAAUAGCACAUUGAACAUUCACGAGCGUAAUUUGUCGCUUUGA